UGCUGUACGUUGAUGUCGACAUCACGCCAGACUUUACAUACAACGAGGAAGUACAUAGCCAGACGGCUGGUGAACUUCUCCUCACGAUUGAACACACCAACGGCCGCAUUCUUCACCAUGAGCAGCUGCACAUGACUGGGGAGGCUUUGCGUGGAGGCGAAACGCUCUCCGCCCCAACGAUCGUGGUGCCAAUUAUUGAGCCGAAGCCAACUCACUACUUCGUGAGGUGCCAAUCCUUGUAUUGGCUUGGAGCCGAGUGCUCUGUCGCCGUUUGUUUGAUGAACGUAAGACUGCCGGACAUCGCCCCGCCGCUGUUGGAGAUGCAACAACGUCCCUCUGCCCUGGAGGAUGAAACGGCACGGGAUGUCUUCGCGACGCUUCAACCGUACGGCUUGGAGGCAUCAGCAGAUAAGUUGUUUCCCUUCACCGAGUUCUUCCCGGCGCAGCGCGACCUCGUGACGCCCAUCAUGGCGUAUCCUUCGGAGAACAUCUUUGCAGCGCUGCCACCCGGCGGUGGUAAGACGGCAAUUGCUGAGCUCUUUAUUUUGCAGUUUCUUCUGGAAGGGGCCCUAUUAGAGACGAACAUGGGCGCAUCGGAGGAGACGUCUAUGGCUGAAAAAGCUGUGCCUGCUGCUAAGCGAAAAAUUCUGUACCUCACGGCACAUGAGGCGUGCGCCAUGCGUCGUUUUCAAGACUGGCGGCUCAAAUUCGGUGAGGGUUUGAAGCAGCGGGUGGAAAAAUUAGAGCCAUUUGGUGAGGAGACGACGCUGAAGGCAGAAAAGGUUUAUCAGGCCACUAUUAUUAUCGCAAGUGGUAGCGGUUUGGCGCCGUUGUUACGUCAAGGUGCGGUGGAUUGCCUUCUGAGCGUGACUCACAUCAUUGCUGACUGUGUUCAUCUUAUUCGUGCACCGGAGGGUCGUUGGAUGGAGGAAUGCUUGGCACGUUUGCUUUCAAAGCCUUACUUGGUAAACAAUGGGCAGAAGCCUGCGCGUCUUCUUGCCCUCUCAUACCCACUGAUAAGCUGCACCGAGGUGUCACGAUGGAUGAAGAUCCCGGCAGCGCGGCAAUACAAUUAUGGUAAUUCCUACCGGCAAUUACAUGUGCGUCUGGAGGCUUUGGAGCAAGGAGGGGCCCGCAGUCGGUACGAGGCAGCCACUGUCUCUGCACUAAAGGAACUACAGAAGGUGCGUUACGCAUCGACUCCAAACGUUGUGUUUGUUCCCUCCGCGCGAGAAGCCGAGGAGCUUGCAAAACGCAUAGUUCUCCGCUGCCGAGACUUUGUUCCUGAAGCGGUAUGCGAAGAUGUAGAAGAUCAGAAUAUUGCGCUGCUUCUUUCAGCCGGAGUGGCUUACAUGCAUCGUGGGACAAGCCUGCUAGAUGAGUUGAUCAUCAUCGGGCAUAUAGAGAAACCAGCACGGCACCCGGAGACAGAGGCGGUGCUUCCAUUAGUGCUUGUCUGUACUUUUGAGUCGGCAUGGAGGUUGCCGGCUGCACUGUUUGGGACGGCAUUCGUGUGCGCUGCGGAGCGACUUGGCGUUGCCAGCAAAUUCGUCAACGCAUCUGGUGGUGACUGUUCCGUGUCCGAACUUCUACAAAUGACAUCUCGAGCACUUAAUGAGGCAGUCGUUUAUUGCCGCGCCGCACGGCGUUGGGUGUGGGGCAGACUACUGAAUGACCCACUGCCACUUGAGUCAUACUUGCGGUACCCGAACGAUUUUUGUGACGCCGUAAACGCCGCCGUGGCGCAAGGGCGAGCAAGUGACAUGCCGGGCGUUUUGCGCAUCCUGCAAAGUCAUUACUUUCUGUACCAUUUGCGCACGAACCUACAAUUCUACGGCGUGCCCUCUAAAGAGGAUAUCCCAGCGUAUGCCUCGGAGUUUGCUCGGUCCGUGAUUGCCUCUUUACAGCAGGCGGGCUGCGUGGUUGUGACGGAGGGUGAUGGGGAUGAGACGGUAACGGUUCGGCCAACUACGCGGGGUAUUGCGCUGUCGAAUCAUGGCAUCACUGUGGGAACUAUUGAGGCCAUUGAAGAGGCAAAAUCCGGCAUUCGUGUAUCUACCGUGGCGGGCGUGUGGCGGUUGAUUGUCUCAUCUUGUGUAGAGUUGACACCGGAGUACGUGGGUGACGCUGCCCGUAUCACGGAUGAUGCCGAGAUGCAGGCCUUGCAGACCAUUGCUCGGGCAUUUCCCAAGGGCUACGAUGUGCAGUACGUGGACCUGGAUUUUAGUAGGGGCUGGACGAAGGUCCAAAUGCUUAUUCUUGCGCACUGUGCCAGGAUGUUUGUGCAUGACUCAUAUAUGGCGGGACAUGAGGAGGAGGAAAGAAGAAUGGCUGUAACUCAUCCAUUUGCUUCGCCAUCGACGGCCGCUAUCGACCCGCAGCUGCUUCUUAACAUCCCAAGUACGGUAGCGGAGCGGCUGCGGGAGGACCUUUACGUCCUUUUGCCAUCCGUACUGAAUGUGGUACGAGGUGCUUGUGUGAUAUUUGACGGCAGGACCCAAUGGAAACAGGCCCGUUAUUUGAUGCGUCUCUCUUCACAGAUUGAACGGCGUACCUGGGGAUUUGAAGAUCCGUUGUUGCAACUUCCGUGUGUACAGGACUCAAGGACUCUGCUCGAGGUUCUAACGACAACAACAACAACGGCAAAAGCGUCAUGGUCUCUUGAACGGUUGCAGGAGUUGUGCGCCCAACAUGAGACACCAGCAGCGGAAGGUGCAUGGAAUGAACUUUCACACAUGUUGUUGACAUCCUUGCAGCGGCAUGGCAAUGUGAGCCGUGCGGUGGAAGAGACUGAAUUCCUUUUGUCUCGCCUGCGUGUCGAGGCCGCGGCAAUUCCACGUGUGAUUUCACUCUCAGCCACAGGAACCGUAGAGGAGGUGGACGGUGCACAUGCCUUCUUGGUGCGCGUGGAAGGUCACAUCGCAUGUACACUACCACCGUCAUCGUCAUCUUCGGAGCAUUGCGGCGAUUCGCUGGGCCCGUGGUGGAUGCCGUGUGUUGUGCGACAUGAGGGGCGUCCAAAUUUGCCGGAGCGCUUGAUGGCGUUGAGUGUGGUGACGCCGGAGAAUUUGCCGGGUGGCACCGGCAAUGAAGAGGAUUCCGUGGAUUGCGUGAAUAGUGGGGCAGCGCUGAAGGCAUCCAGCGCAAAACCAUCAUCCUUUUGGCGCAUUUCCGGCACCCUGUCGUUCCCGCUGCAUGAUGUGGACGGGGAGGACCUGGAGACGCUGAAGAUGACGGUGGCGGUGAUCGCAGCGCGCUACAUUGCGGACGCGGAGGUGGACGUUGUCUUCACUGCGGAAUGA